AUUAAUACCCUCCUCCAACCUCACGCGCGGUUCACCUGGCACUCCCACGUCACAACACACAACAAACCCAUAACAAUGGCACGCUCCCCAGCCGACGCCACGCGCUUCACCUCCACCACCCCCCACGCCACGAAGCCCUUUUACCCGACCUCCUCGAACCCGGGCCCAUCCACUCUCCCAUCGAAUGAAGCCGCCGCCGCACCGGCGGGCGAGACGCCGCAGCAGAAGGUGAGGCGGCUGAGGGAGGCGGCGAAUCGGGCGAGGGAGGGACGGCUGACGGGGUUUGAUCGCGUGGUCAUGACGGGGAGGGUGUGGGCGGAUCGGGCGCAUAGGGUUACGGCGUUGGGGUUGAUUGGGGUUACUUGCAUCGCGGGCGCAGUAACAGUCUACGCCCUAGGAGACAUGAUGAUCUACAACCGCCGCCGCCGCCGCGAAUACUUCGCGGAGCAAAAAGCCAUCAACGAAGCAGCCACCCAAGACGCCGCCGUGGCCCUGCGCAGCGGCACCGCCACAGCCGAACAACUCAAGCUCCUCGAGCAGCAGCGCGGCCAGGCCGCCGUGGCGGCUGAGAUGAGACAGAAGGCGCAGGAGAUGCGGGAAGCCAGGGCGAAUGCCGCGGCUGCACCGGUGGCAGCGGAGAAGGGGGAGGGAAAGGGGAUAAUGGCGUCCGCGACGGGGUGGUUGUUUAAGGGGCUGAAGACGGAGGAUAGGCCGGAGGUGGGGUAUGGGAAUGCGGUUGGUGAGAGGGGGGUGGCGAGGGCGGUGGAGGCGAGGAGGGCGGAGGUGGCUGCGACGGAGAGGGAGAGGGAAGCGAAUGGGGGACCGCUGGAUAGGUUGGGGACGGAGGAGGAGGAGGAGGGGAAGGGUGGUUGGACGAGUUUCAUGACGCGGAAGUAG